AUGGCGGCGCUGUGCGAGAGCUUUACGCUCUGCGGGCUCAGUCCCAGUAGCGGUGUCGGCCUCGGUGGUGGGCUCCUGGCGCUGGAGCCGGGCCCCGACCCCGACCAUGUCCUGCUCACCGACCGUGGCAGGACGACCACGCUCUUUAAGGUGUCAGAUCAGAAGCCACUAGGCUGUUGGUCAGUCAAACAUGGGCAGGUUCUCACAUGUCCAGUUGUAUGCAACUUUGAAACUCAUGAGUAUAUAGCUGUCCAUGAUGACAAGGUUUUGAGAAUAUGGAAGAAUGAGGAUAUUAACUUGGACAAAGUAUUCAAAGCAACGCUUUCAGCUGAAGUGCACAGAAUACAUUCACUACCCAACGGAGGGCCAGUGGUGCUAUUCAGAGGAGGUGGUGUCCGAACUUUGGAUGUCCUUUUGGAAGCUCCACAACAAGAAAUUGAAAACAUUAUCUCAGAUGAAGUCAUCAAGUGGAGUGAAGUUUUCCUGGAAGGGAAACAACCUGUCUUAAUUUUCACUACUGAGAAAGAUGGAGAUUUUUUUGUCUAUGUGCAGAAACUGAAAACAAAUACUCUACACAAAUACAAGCUUGAACAACAGGAAUUGUCUAAGCCAAUGAGUUUCACAGCAUAUAUAAAAGACCGCAUAAUCACACUUCUGUGUUUGUGUUCCAAUGACUGUGUAUACAAAGUUCUGAUACCUCUGCAGCAAAAUACUGAAGAGGAAGAGCAAAUUUUGCCCAAGUCACUACUACUAAACCUCUCAGUAUCUGGAAGUGUUCUAAAAGGAACUUCUUUUGUUGUUCUUGAUAAAGACCACAUUGCAGUAUUGGGAGGUCUAACUGCAUCUAAUGAAGAACCCAAAGAGUGCCUAACCAUAUGGAAUACAAAAUUUCAGACAUUGCAAACUUCAAAGGAACUGCCUCUGGGAACCAGUGGACAAUUGUGGUGCUAUGAGGAAAAGUUUUUUUUCACCCAUGGGAAAGUGCUGACAGUCAUCAUGUACAAGUGUGAAACGUCAUCCUUGGCAGCUGCUGUGGGAAAACUCAAGGACGAGCAAACCCCUGAUGUAUCUGCAUUUGUCAACUGGAACACCCUUGGAUAUGAGGAGCUGGCAGAUUCCUUCCAGUCCCAGCAGUCUGGAGCUCUAAAAUAUGAGUCCACAAUGGCUUUAAGAUCAGAAAGGAAUGCUGUUGCUACUGUGCAGCCAGAUGACUUAUCGGUUGGGAAGCUCUUACUAAAUCUAAAAGAUGUUCCCAGAAGGAUAUUUGAAGAUGGAAUCAGACAAUUGAUGUCACAAGCCCAGACACUAGAGUUGCAAGCCAGUAUUGGAUCUGUAGUAACUGCUCUUACAAACAGAUACAAAGCAAACUCAAACCACUACCAUCGAACUUUCAUGCUGGAAAUAGUCCAGACCUAUGACUUGUCUUACAGUUUGUGCCCAGAUUUAAUGGCUGUUGCUCUGGAGAGGAAAGAUGUGUAUCUCUUACAGACCUGCUUACUGCGCUUUCCAGAUAUUCCUGAAGAAAUUACUUAUGCUUGCUUGGAAAUGUUUUUAAGCAUUGAUGAAGACUAUCUUAAAUACACAGAUUUGGAUCUAGGCUCUGUCAUCUGUUACAUUGAUAUUGAAUCAAACAAUAAAGAAGUGAAGACUGAAAUUGUAGAAAAUGGUUUCAGUACAGAGCAGGAAGAAGGCACCUGGGAUACUCAAUUGACAGAGGAAAGCAGUCUGACAAGCGAUGGUGAAUUGUGCCCUGUUGGAGCGCACAGGGCAGCGUUAUUAAAUGCUGUUCUGUGUUCAGCUUACAGUGAAGCAUUUCUUUUGCCUCACCUGAAAAAUCUGCCAGCUAAGCAAGCUGUACUGUUUCUCAGGUAUUUAUUCUACCUGUAUGUGAAAUGCAGUGAAAAAAUUAAUACCACUCUUCCUGGAAUGAGCUCUCCAAGUGUAAAUCAGAUCAUGGACUGGAUGUGCAUAUUACUUGAUGCUCACUUCACAGUUAUUGUGAUGCUACCAGAAGCAAAAUUGUUUCUUUCAAGCAUGCACAAGUUUGUGAGAGCUCAGGUACGCUUCUACUCUGAGCUCAACAAGAUUGAAGGAAGUUUGCAAGAAUUACAAAGACUUCACCACCAGAAGGACCCUCAGACAUAUUCUAUUGAAGUGCUGGAAAUUAUUUGAGUUUGAAAUGAAUUAUUAACACAUUUAUUUUAUAUUGAUUCCUCUCCUGACAAGGAUAUAUUAGCACUCCAUAUUGGGGAUGUGAAAAGUUGUUUUCUACCCAGGAAGAGCACAGUUACUCUGUAGCUACAUGGGAGUUGUAAG